AUGGUGCUAAAGCUUGCAAAGUUCGCUAGCCGUACCAUCGGUGGACGUGCCCACUACUCGACAGCCGGCAAGAGACACGAGGUGGUGAUCGUUGCUGCUACCCGCACUCCGAUCGGAAGCUUCCAGAGUAGCUUGUCCUCGCUGUCGGCUACCCAGCUCGGUGCCGUUGCCGUGGAGGCAGCCGUCAAGCAGGCCGGUAUCGGGAAGGAGGAUGUGCAGGAGGUGUACAUCGGGAAUGUUUGUGCGGCCGGACUAGGGCAGGCACCGGCACGCCAAGCUGUCAUCUUUGCCGGAUUGCCAAAAUCGACCAUCUGCACCACGGUCAACAAGGUGUGUUCGUCGGGCAUGAAGAGUGUAAUGCUCGGGGCACAAACGCUCAUGCUUGGCCAGCAGGAGGUGAUCGUGGCCGGCGGUAUGGAGUCGAUGUCGAAUGUGCCGUACUAUCUGAAGCGCGGCAGCACACCGUACGGAGGCGUUAAUCUGAUCGACGGGAUCGUGUUCGACGGGCUGACGGAUGUGUACAACAAGUUUCACAUGGGCAACUGUGCGGAGAACACGGCCAAGCAGAUGGGUAUUACGCGCAAGGAUCAGGACGAGUUUGCCAUCAACAGCUACAAGCGAAGUGCGGCUGCCUGGAGUUCGAAGGCGUUCGAGGCGGAAAUCACGCCGGUGCGCAUCGCCGGCAAACGGGGCAAACCGGACACAGUGGUGGCGGAAGACGAAGAGUACAAGCGGGUCAAUUUCGAAAAGUUCGGCCAGCUGGGAACCGUGUUCCAGCGGGAGAACGGUACAGUUACGGCAGGGAAUGCUUCCACGCUGAACGAUGGUGCGUCGGCCGUUGUGCUGAUGACGGUCGAGGCGGCCGAGCGGUUCAAGUGCAAACCGUUGGCUCGCAUAGUCGGAUUUGCCGAUGCCGAAACGGAUCCGAUCGAUUUCCCGAUCGCACCGGCACUGGCUGUACCGAAGCUGCUGCAACAGACCGGAGUGCGCAAGGAGGAUGUGGCAAUGUGGGAGAUAAAUGAAGCAUUCUCACUGGUGGUCGUGGCCAAUCAGCGCAAGCUGGACGUCGAUCCGGCAAAGGUGAACGUGCACGGUGGUGCGGUUUCGCUGGGCCACCCGAUUGGCAUGUCCGGUGCACGGUUGGUUACCCAUCUGACGCACGCCCUGAAACCGGGCCAGAUUGGUUGUGCCUCGAUUUGCAAUGGUGGUGGUGGUGCGUCUUCAAUCCUGAUCGAAAAGCUCGCGAAUCCGGUCGCAUACGAGACCGCGGGAAAGCCGUUACUAACGCUGUACACCCACGAUCAUUGUACACUCUGCGAUGAGCUGGUUGAGCAGCUUGAGGCACAAUUUUCAGGCCGCUAUGUACUGCAGAAGGUUGACAUAACGAGCAAAGAAAACAUCCGGUUUCUACGCCUGUAUCGUUACGAUAUUCCGGUGCUGUUUCUCAACGGUCAGUAUUUGUGUAUGCAUCGUUUGAAUGCAGAUUUGCUGCAUAGACGGUUGGAGGAGCUGGAAUUGUCCUAUGUAAAUAAGAAUUAA